AUGAAGAUCAAAGCCAUCAGCCGAUCCGUAUCGGCCCAGCAGCCCCCUGGCACCGACACCGUCAAGCAGCCCCGGAACCUUGACUCGGCCAUCCACCCCUUUGAGCGCGCCCGCGAGUACAAGCGCGCCCUCAACGCCGUCAAGCUCGAGCGCAUGCACGCCGCGCCCUUCAUCGGCCAGCUGGGCCGCGGCCACGUCGACGGCGUCUACUCCAUCGCAAAGGACCCCAACGCGCUCGAGCGCUUCUCCAGCGGCAGCGGCGACGGCGUCGUCAAGGUCUGGGACUUGACCAGCCGAGAGGAAAUAUGGCAUGCGACGGCGCACGAAAAUAUCGUCAAGGGCCUCGAGUGGACGCGCGACCAGAAGCUUCUGACCUGCGCCGCGGACCGCUCCAUCAAGCUCUUCGACCCGUACAACCUGCCCAGCGAGUCCGCGCCCAUCUCAUCGUGGCUCGGAGCCGGCGCUUUCACGAGCUUAUCCCACCACCGCUCGCGCAAUGCCUUUGCCGCCGCGUCGAGCGUAAUCUCCAUCUACGACCUCGAGCGCCACACCGCCGCGCCCGAAGUCCUGCACUGGCCGACCUCCACCGACACAAUCACAAACGUCGCCUUCAACCACGUCGAGACGUCCGUCCUGGCCUCGUGCUCCAACGACCGCUCCAUCGUCAUCUACGACCUGCGCACCGCCACGCCCGUCGCCAAGUCCGUCCUCACCUUUGCCUGCAACCGCAUCGCCUGGUCGCCCAUGGAGGCCUUCAACUUCGCCGCCGCCUCCGAGGACCACAACGUCUACCUCUUCGACAUGCGCAAGAUUGACCGCGCGCGCAACGUGCUCAAGGGCCACGUCGCCGCCGUCAUGGACGUCGAGUUCUCCCCCACCGGCGAGGAGCUCGUCACCGCCUCCUGGGACCGCACCGUGCGCCUGUGGGAGCGCGACCGCGGCCACGCCCGCGACGUCUACCACACCAAGCGCAUGCAGCGCGUCAUGUCCGCCAAGUGGACGCCUGACGCUAAAUACGUCCUGUCCGGCUCCGACGACGGCAACGUGCGCAUCUGGCGCGCAAACGCCUCCCAGCGCCAGGGCAUCAAGUCGGCCCGCCACCGCCAGGCCCUCGAGUACAACGACGCCCUCGUCAAACGCUUCGGCCACAUGCCCGAGAUCAACCGCAUCAAGCGCCACCGCCACCUGCCAAAGGUCAUCAAGAAGGCCGGCGAGAUCAAAAACGAGGAGCUCAAGUCCAUCAAGCGAAGGGAGGAGAACGAGCGGAAGCACUCGAGCAAGCAGUUCCAAGCACGCAAGGGCGAGAGAGAAAAGAUGGUGCUGGCCCGAGAAAAGUGA